CGGGUCAGCCUCUGUGUGUCUGUAGCUAUUGGCUGCUAGUGAACCGUUUGGCUCUUUUUCUCUACUAGCGAACAAAUCUGCAACCUACCCAACUCUACUUCAAGGUCCAUUUUUAAAGGGAUUUAUCCACAUAAACGCCGCAUAUGCACCACGUUUCGAUCCAUGGGGAUUCCGAGCUCCGGUCGGCGGGGUCCGAGGGCUGUUAUAACACCAUUUUCAAGGUUUAUUCUGGACUAAAAACAACGCUGGUGGAGGAGAUUCCAUAUUAAGAGCUCAGAGAAGGCACCCCCUCCAGUGAUUCGGUCUGCUGCCAAUGGUUUGAGAUUCUGAGUCAUCAUUCAGCCUGUGUUUACUGUUGUGGCUUGGUGUGUACUUGCUGACCUCAUGGUGUAACAGGAGUAAAGAUGAGCAUCAGCAGUGAUGAAGUCAACUUCCUGGUCUAUAGAUACCUACAGGAGUCAGGAUUCUCCCACUCUGCAUUCACUUUUGGAAUAGAAAGUCACAUCAGCCAGUCAAACAUCAACGGUGCUCUGGUUCCGCCUGCAGCCCUCAUCAGCAUCAUUCAGAAGGGCCUGCAGUACGUGGAGGCUGAAGUUAGCAUCAAUGAGGACGGUACCUUAUUUGACGGACGGCCAAUCGAAUCGUUGUCUUUGAUCGAUGCCGUCAUGCCAGAUGUUGUUCAGACAAGGCAGCAGGCAUACCGGGACAAGAUGGCCCAGCAGCAGGCUACAGCGUCCGCACCAGCAUCAACCACCGGGGGCAGCCUGGCAGGGAACGCCAAGAAUGGAGAGAAUACCACCAAUGGGGAGGAGAACGGAGCCCAUGCCUUAGCAAACAACCAUGCUGAUCUGAUGGAGGUUGACGGAGAUGUGGAGAUCCCACAGAACAAGGCCAUGGUGCUCAGGGGCCAUGAGUCAGAAGUCUUCAUCUGUGCUUGGAACCCAGUCAGUGACCUACUAGCAUCAGGGUCUGGAGACUCGACUGCUCGAAUCUGGAACCUGAGUGAGAACAGCACCAGCAGCUCCACGCAGCUGGUCCUCAGACACUGCAUACGAGAGGGAGGACAGGACGUCCCCAGUAACAAAGACGUCACCUCACUAGACUGGAAUAGUGAGGGUACGCUAUUAGCAACAGGCUCCUACGAUGGAUUUGCUAGGAUAUGGACCAAAGAUGGUAACCUGGCGAGCACACUUGGCCAACACAAAGGUCCCAUCUUUGCUCUCAAGUGGAAUAAGAAAGGCAAUUUUAUCCUCAGUGCUGGAGUGGACAAGACAACAAUCAUAUGGGAUGCCCACACAGGAGAAGCCAAACAACAGUUUCCCUUCCACUCAGCUCCUGCCCUUGAUGUCGACUGGCAGAGCAACAAUACCUUUGCAUCCUGUAGCACGGACAUGUGUAUCCACGUGUGUAAGCUUGGACAGGACCGACCCAUCAAGACAUUCCAGGGCCACACGAAUGAAGUAAAUGCCAUUAAGUGGGAUCCCACCGGGAACCUGCUGGCAUCCUGCUCUGACGAUAUGACUCUGAAGAUCUGGAGUAUGAAGCAGGACGUGUGCGUCCAUGACCUGCAAGCGCAUAGUAAAGAAAUCUACACCAUCAAAUGGAGUCCGACAGGCCCAGGAACCAACAAUCCCAGCGCCAACCUCAUGCUCGCCAGUGCUUCUUUUGACUCCACGGUACGUCUGUGGGACGUGGAGCGAGGGAUCUGCAUUCACACCCUGACCAAACACCAGGAACCCGUCUACAGCGUGGCUUUCAGUCCCGACGGCAGACAUCUGGCCAGUGGCUCCUUCGACAAAUGUGUGCACAUCUGGAACACACAAACUGGCGCUCUGGUCCACAGUUACAGAGGGACGGGGGGCAUCUUCGAGGUCUGCUGGAAUGCAGUGGGUGACAAAGUGGGGGCCAGUGCGUCGGAUGGAUCUGUGUGUGUACUGGACCUCCGGAAAUAGCGCGGCCGUUACUGGAAGCCAUGGACCGACCAUGAAUGUGUACAUAGCCAAAUGACUGUCCCGCCUGCUGACAGAGACUCUGAGCAGGAACCAGAGACGCUCUCCUCUCUGUGGCCAUGCAGCCGAGGAACACUGACAGACGAUAACACAAAGGAUCCAUAUAUGUACCAAAAUUUUCAAGCUAUUUUGCUCUUUUGAUUUUUCAUACAUGCUCAGCACCAUCCUCAUCGUCCAAAUUAAAGGAGGAGAAGCGAGUUGAUGGUUGUAGUUGGAUGUCAUCACGCAGACAUAUCAGCCUCUCUGGCAGGAAAUAGGACGGCACUUAGUUUAUUUAAAUUCCAACUGUCUUUUUUUUAUCUUUUUUUGUUUUUUUGUUUUUGCUGGGGAGGGAGGAGGGGCGCAGGGGUCCUGACUGCAGUUGUGAUUUUUCAUCUGCGUGACGUGCAUAUGUUCUUGGGAAAAUAUUCUGGACUCUCUCAUGCUCAGAAACUUCAACAUGGUUCAAACGUGAAUGAUGACAGUUGAAGAAGCAGAAUCCUUCCCCGGUGGACAGAAGUGUGGCGAUUCUGCUGUCCUCUCUCUCACUCUCUCACACGCACACAGAGCUUUCCUUGUCCAGCCUGCAGAACUACCACUCAACCCUGUUGGUCAUGUUUGAAACACGACUGCAGAAAGAUUUCUUAAAAGAUCAGAGCGACUCCAGCAGUAAACAACUUCUGCUCUAAAAACAAACAAAAAAACAUGCGCACCAUGCUCCUGAAGGUGAUGUUCUGAGAUUGUGUUCCCAUGAUCAUAUUAACUGCCAUCAUCCAGCGUUCAGAAGGUUUUCCUAAACUUCGACCCCGCAGUCGCGCAAAUCCCUGAGAUGUUUACUCUUCUCACGGAAAUCACGUUUAUUCAAUAUUCCCAACAAGAUGCAUAACCAUUCUCGUUAUUCAGGAUCUGAAUGGGAUCAUUCAGUGUAAUUCAACAAAACGGUUGCAGUGCACCAGUUUUGGUCAAAUGCUGCAUGUCCAUGUGAGCGGAGCCAUGGUUGGUGUUGACCUUGCUAUCUGGAAUCAGGUGCGAGGUCUUUGACACCAUUUGUCAUUUCUGGAUUUACAUUAUAACACUCUAGUUUCAGAUUCAUUUGUGUGUACCAUACUUCUUCUAUGCUUCAGAUGCCAGCGUCUUUCCACUGUGGCCACACAGAGGUCUGUCAACCAUGUACAAGUUGAAACGAUGAGCUUGUCUUUAGGUGAAGGCUGCCACUCAACUGUCCCAUUGAAAAUCACGUAACUUUGGUCUCAAUGGCACUCGCCAAAGACCAGCCCCAGCCAAGGUAGACUGUUGGGGUCAAAAGAAAACUGACUGAAAUAUAGUUCGGUACAUUUUCAGCUCACUUGGUACAAUGAUUUGCCUUCAGAUAAUUUUGUCAAGUUCUGUCGACAUUUCCCACAAGAAGUCAAAUGUGCCUCCAGAAACUCAAUACAACAGUGGAGUUUUUCGUUCACCAGUCUUGCAGACGUUCUUGCAUUAUGAUAAAAGGGAUCUGUGUCAGUGGUGUAAGUCUCCCUAAUCUGGAAUGUGUAUUUUCACGAGACCAUCUUGGCACAUCCUGUCAAUGGCAUUUCUUCCCGUCCUGUCGAGUCUGGAGUGUGGACGCGGCCUCACGAAGCAUCAACUGCAGUCAAAACACAAGAGUUUCUGAGUCGGCACAUCUGUUCCCAGGGUUGUUUAUUCUCUGUUGUCAUUCAGCUCCGAUUAGUCAAACUAAAGUCCAGAAUAAAAUCUAUUUUGAUAAGAGUUUCACCUGUAUUUGUGUGUGAGAGACAAUCUUCAAUCAUGUCUUUGAUGAAGUUCCGUGACUUUUAAUAAAGAUUUGUUUUGGAUCUCCAUGGUAACCGUA